UUCACAAUAUUCAUUAUCAUCAACAAUAUUGUCGAAUAAUCAACAACAACAAAAUGAUCAACAAUCAAUUAUUAGUUCAAAUAAUGGAAAACGAUCAAAAAAAUCUGGUAAAGAUAAUAAUCGAAUGGUAUGCAUGAAUGCAAAUGCAAUUGCUGCACGGCAAAAUCGUGCCAAAAAGAAAAAUGAAAUGCAAGCAUUAAUCGAUAGAAAUCAGGAAUUGGAACAGAAAAAUUCACAAUUAAAAAAUUUAUAUGAUAAAAUGGCCGAUUUAUUGGAUAUGACCAGAAAACGACAAGAAUAUUUAGAAUCAAUUGUUAAACAAACACCACAAAUACUUGAAUUAAUUCAACAUAUGAAAAAAUUACCUACAAUUAAAUUGAAUAGUGUUAAUUUGCAGAGUUUCGAUCCACCACAAUCAACAACAACGUCGUCGUCGUCGUCGUCGUCGUCGACAAUUAUUGAUGAAACAAAUGGUUAUUUGGCUAAAAAACGAUUAAAAUCAUCAUCAACAACAACAACAAAAAUUGAUGGAAAUAAUAACAGUAUUGUUACAAAUAAUGGUAAUAUUCAUGGUCAUUAUCAUUAUCAUCAACAUAAUUAUCAUAAUAAAGAUAAUCAUCAUACAAAUGCUGGUAUUUGUUUUCAUUUAAAACCAAAUCGUGAAAUGUCAUUAGAAUUUUGUCAUAAUUGUUCAGCCGGUAGUAAUAAUUAUAAUAACGGUGGUGGUGGUGGUACAACCGGUGUUGUUGGUGGUGGUAAAACGAUGAUGAUGAAAAAAAGUUAAUUUUUUGGUUUUUGGAUUCAAUCACGUUUUAAGUUUCUCAUUUUU